AUGAAUUGGCAGGAUGAGCUGGCAGGCCAACUUCUCUCGGUUAUGUACAUCCCCUGGAGUGCCCCGGAGCUACCUACCGACAUGCCCGAAAUAUUGCGGAUUCACGGACGACCUGGAUUUGGCAAGACUUUCCUAUGUUCGCGCAUCGUCGAACACCUCUCGGCUACCUCCGUCAAGUUCGUCGCUUACUUCUUCUUGUCGUCCGACCACGAAAGUCGCAACGAUCCCUACGCCGUCGUUCGAUCAUGGCUCUCUCAGCCCGCCGCACAGCCGGACGUGAUCAGGUCGCCCCGUGCCACCGUCGUCCAGUUCCUCGGCGAUGUUCUGCAAGCCAGGCCGGGCUGUGUUCUGGUCGUUGAUGGCCUCAACGAAUGCACGGCACCAGCCGACAGCAGCAGCUUCAUCACGAGGUUCCUCGAAGACGACAAGAACGCCAACACGCCUGCCACCCGCGUCGUCGUCAAUUGCCGCGACGAGCCCGAAAUUCGACAGACCCUGCGAGCCAACGAUUCUUACAGCCUUGCCGAAUACCAAAUAUCACCUCGAUACGUUCAUGACGACGCCUCCACGUUCUCGCGGUCCAUUGUCGAUAAGAAGCUGGCCAAGAAGCCCGAAGACAUUCGGGCGAGUCUCUCCAAAACCAUGACCGAUCGAAGCGACGGCCAAUUCCUCUGGCUCCUACUCCAAGAACAGUCUCUGAAGUCUUGGAAGACCCUUGUGCAGCUUCAGCGUGGACUCGACAGCACGCCAGCUGGGCUCAACAAUUUGGCCGCCUUUGCCCUACGGCCGUUGACCUUGGGCGAAAUCACUGAGGCUGUGCUGAUUGACGAAGAGUACGAGGGUCUUCCGACGGACGAGCUCCCCGAUGUCAUCGACGACGACUACAUCAGCAGCGAGAUCGUUGAGCUCUGCGGCCCGCUUGUCGAAGUCCGCGGCCCUCGCCCGGCUGCGGGAGCCCGGUCGGGCGUGCCGUUGGACCACGUCCCAGGCACCUUAGAGUGCGUCCUCAGUUUCAUGAAUGAGGACGACCCCUGCUGGGGUGCAUGGAGAAAUUGGGUCGAUACGCAUGAUGAUGAUGAAGUGCAUGCAGCGGAGGACGAGGAUGUUCCCCCAGGGCCGUCGUAUUAUGCUCUCAAGUUCGGCCUGACUGCUUUGGCGGUCACCCACGUCCGUAAGUUCGGCACUGGGCGAAGUGCGGCGUCUACUGGGCAGUAUCUUCUUGAUCUGUGUUGUACCCAAGGAAACGUAGAACUUGCGGAAAUGAUCCUCGAAGUUGGUGUUGACAUUGAGACAAAGGCCGGCGGUGGCAGAACGCCACUCUACUCUGGAUCACGACAUGACCAGUCGAAGAUAGUUCGGGCGUUACUACUACGCAGUGCAAGGGUAGGCAAGAUGAAUCCAAACGGUGCGACACCAGUCAACGCCGCUGCUAGCAAUAUGCCCCCCUAA